AUGGCGGCAUGGUGGUGUGUUCUGUCGGUCCUCGCGGUGUCCGCGGUGGCGGCUGGGGCCGCGGGCCUUGAGAACAUGGAGUCGGCGGGGGACGUGCGCGCAGAGAUCGCAGCCCUGCGCGCCGAGCUGGACGAGGUCCGGCACCUCGAAGAGCAACACGCGACGGCAGAGCAGGACAGGCGCUUGAGCUCCACCGAGAGUGCGAUGACGAGUUCGUGGCUGAUCCUGUGUGGGUCGCUCGCGAUGUUCAUGCACGCGGGCUUCGCGAUGCUGGAGGCCGGGACCUGCAGGGCGAAGAACGCGUCCAACGUGUUGGUGAAGAAUCUCGCCAGUCUAUGCGUCAGCACGCUCGGGUUCUACUGGACUGGGUACGCGCUAGCCUACGGAGUCAGACCCGACAGCACACCUCAGGUGUCAAAGGGGGGGAACGGCUUCGUGGGCACUGCCGGCUGGGCCGGCAGGGGCUUUAAUGUCGACGACCUCGACGGGAACGUCGAAUCCACAGGUCAUCCGUUGAUGUGGUUCUUCCAGUGGGCCUUCUGCAGCGCCUCCAUUACCAUAGUCAGCGGCGCGGUUGCCGAGCGCGUACUGAGCCCGGCAUAUUGCAUCUUUGCGUUUGUGAUGUCUGCUUUCAUCUACCCCGUGGUCGUCGCGUGGACGUGGGGCUAUGGGUGGAUCAGCACCCUGUUCGACGUGGGCGUCGUCGAUUUCGCGGGAAGCGGCGUCGUGCAUGUCACUGGUGGCGUCGCCGGGCUCGUGGGCACGCUCGUGCUCGGUGCACGAAGGGGCCGCUUCCCGGCCUGGCGCGCGCAGCCUGGGGAAUUUGACCCGCACAGCCUGCCCCUUGUCGUGCUCGGCACCUUCAUCCUGUGGUUCGGCUGGAAUGGCUUCAACUGCGGAUCAACGCUCGAGAUGAACGAGGAGGUUGGGCUGCUGGCCGCCCAGGUGGUUAUGAACACGACCAUAAGCGCUGCGACAGGCGGCCUUACUGUAUUCUUUCUACGAUUCUUGAUUAUGGGUGCGUACGACGUCUGCGGCAUGUGCAAUGGCAUCCUGGCUGGCCUCGUGUCCAUCACGGCUCCCUGCGCGAACGUGGAGGCUGGCAGUGCGUUCUCAAUUGGUCUCAUCGGUGCCUUCGUGUACCAGGCCUUCUCCAUGCUUCUCGUGAAGCUCGAGGUCGACGACCCUCUGGACGCGGUCCCAGUCCACUGCUUCUGCGGAUGCUGGGGCAUUCUCGCCGCUGCUGUCUUCGAUUGGGGCAACGGCUUCGACCACUUCCACGGCAACAGCGGCUUCCAUUGCAUGACCGACGGAGACGGCAAUUGUGCCACUGGUCUGUUUGGCAAAGUGAUCGGUGCCCAAAUUGUCAUGCUCCUGUGCAUCAUCGGUUGGUCGAGUUUGUUCUCUGGCGUCACCUUCCUCCUUCUCAAAAAGACCGGCACCCUGCGCAUCGACGAGUACACAGAGGAGUCUGGAGUUGAUGCCGCCAAGCAUUGUCCGGCCAAGGCCUACGCAAUCCCUGCUGUGGAGUACGUGAGCCCAGGGAAGAGUGUCACGCUGAGUGCAUCAUCUAGCCACUCAAGCACACCAUCAAGCCCCGACAAGGACAUCGCCACCAUCGAAGCGUGA